AUUAUUAGCAUUUGAUUUGAGCAGAAACUAGUUGUGAGAGCCAGUUUGAGCAAUUAUUGAAAUAGGUAAACUUGAUUUGCAAAAAUCUCAAUUUAGUCGCUUCGUAUUAAUAGAAAUGGCACGUUUAUUGCAAUUAAUAUAAUAGAUUUGUUAUAUAGAGAAAAGAGUAUUUAAAGUGUAGAAAAAUGAAAUGCUUAUUGCCGCUAAAAGCAGUACUUUUACUGUGCCUCAUUACAUGCCGCUUUGAAGGUUUAUUUGGUGCAAAUAUUUUAGCAAUAUUCCCCUUUAGUGGACGUUCACAAUAUAUUUGCGUGGAAAAUUAUCUAAAAGCGUUAGCUGCAAGACGCCAUCAAGUGACUAGCAUUUCGGCAUUUCCACAGCAGAAACCGGUGCAGAAUUUCCACGAUGUCCCAAUUAUAUACGAAGGCACAUAUUUCGACGACUUUCUGGUGGACGGUAAUACGCCUAAAGUUAGCAAAUGGGAGGAGUUAAACUGGGGCAUAGAAUUCUUAAUCGAACCAACGCGUAAAGUGUUAGAACACCCGGAAGUACAGAAAUGGUUGGCGAAUGGCGUCACAUUCGAUCUAGUUAUUGUGGAAGCACUGCAACAGGAUGCGUUGUACGCAUUAGCUCACCAUUUUAAUGCAUCACUCAUCGGUGUAUCGAGCUUUGGUACUGACAUACGCAUAGACGAAUUGGUUGGCAAUUCCUCACCGCUGUCUUAUGUACCGUCCAUUUUAAGUACCUUCAGCGAUCAUAUGACCUUUGAUGAACGUCUGGAGAGCUUAUAUACGCAUAUUGUUGAGUGGGUGCAUAAUCAUUACGUUAUGAUACCUUUACAUCAAAAACUAUAUACAAAGUAUGUGAAUAAACCCGCCGAUGAUUUUGAGACGGUACGCAAGAAUUUCUCGCUUCUACUAUUGAAUCAACAUUUUUCAUUGAGCAUACCACGUCCAUACGUGACAAAUGCCAUUGAAGUGGGUGGCUGGCAUAUCGAUCGCAAACCGAAGGCUUUGCCAGCCGAAAUGGAAGCUUUUAUUAAUGCUGGUACAAAUGGUACAAUCUACUUUUCUUUGGGCUCAAAUUUGCAUAGUAAAAAUUUGUCUAAAGAAAAACUUGCGAUUAUAUUGCAAGUUUUGGGCUCAUUACCCUAUAAUAUACUAUGGAAAUUCGAAGCACCGGAAUUGCAUGGUAAACCGAAAAAUGUCUACAUUAACAAAUGGUUUCCACAAGCUGAUAUAUUAGCGCAUCCCAAUGUAAAACUCUUCAUAACACAUGGUGGAUUAUUGAGUACGAUCGAGGCGAUUCAUUAUGCUAAACCGAUAGUGGGUAUGUCAAUAUUUUACGAUCAACAUAUAAAUGUGGCACGUGCGCAGGUGAAAGGUUUCGGUUUGGGUGUGGAUUUUAUGAACUUAAAUGCUACACAAUUAAGGAACACCAUAUUGACGGUGCUGACAAACCCCAAGUAUGCGCAGCGCGCACAGGAGCUCUCUCGUCGUUAUCACGAUCAACCGCUUAAGCCCUUGGAUAUGGCAAUCUAUUGGACGGAAUAUGUACUGCGGCACAACGGCGCGUUGCAUAUGCGUGUGGCAGCACAUGAUUUAAAUGUAAUUAAAUAUCAUAAUUUAGAUGUAAUUGCUGUGCUGUUCGGGCUGCCGCUACUGACAUUCGUGUUUUUAGUGUGGGUCGGCUGUCUUUUAUUUAAGAGGUUAGCUGAGAAAUUGUGUGAUCGAGUAGUGAAACAGAAGCAGUAUUAAUUGAAAACAAUGUAUUUGUGAUAGCUUGGUUAUAGUCAGAACAACCUAAACUAAUACUAAUGUAUUCCAGAACUAGAAUAUUUUUUGGAUGUUUUUGAUUUCGAAAAAGUAAAAAAGAAAUUCGCUUCUUAAUGGAAUAAGAAUCAUUGCGCCGCACAGGUCAGUUUUUGCUUAGUUAUUUAAAUAUUAUAUUUGUAUCACUUCCUAAUAAAUUGUUUAUUACUAAAAA